AAAUACAUCUUUAUUCCACAUAUAGUACAUAUUAAUUACAAGAUGUGUGCUAUUCAUCACACUAGUUACAUUAUUAGUGAAAAAGAAGCAAUGAGUAAUCAGAGGAAAAAGUAACUUCAAGGAAUACAUUAUAGAAGAAUACACACACAGAAUAUUUAUGUACGUUGCAUCACUGUCUGUGCAUUCCCACAUGUAGGACAAGUCACUACGGUGUCAAUGAUAUUUCAUGCUGAAUCUGACAUGGCACCAGAACAAGUUGUCACAGCACUCUUGAAUCCAGUGACAUCUGGUUGAGGGGUGGAUAAGCUUGGCGUUGUCUUCCCCACAGUAAUGUCGGCAAGGCAACACACAGAAGGGUUUUCCAUUGUGGCAUCUUCACUUUUUGUAACUGGUGGUGCUGGCUCUUCAGUGGCAUCUUGUGCAUUAAGAAAUCCAGGCUUGAUCCAGUCAGGGACAGCUGUAGUCAUUGCCCCAUGAGGUCAACUCUGAACAUGUUGCUGCUUCUAAUUAAUAUUGCAUAUGAUUCCUCAGAUGGUGGUUGAUGUGGUUUGCAAACAGAGUCAUUGCACAAAAAUAUGUGUAUACAGCUGUCUAAAUCUGUGAAAAUGAACAGACGUCACCCAGUUUGCUCUCUGGGGACGAUGACCCGAAACUGGCGUACAUGCAAUCUCGGUUUAACAGCAAACUCUGACAAUGCUGUGUUGUCAUCUGUCCCAUCAUGCAUGAACGCUGCCAGCAAUUGUGACUCUUGAUUGUACUUAAGUUUGGUUGCCUAGGUCAUAAGACCACUCUUGAAAGAUGUUUGCAGCCCAAGAAGCACAGUAAGCAGUGCCUCAGGCCACUGUUUCUGCCAAGGUAAUUGUCAUUGGGAACACUUAUCGCCACCUGGUGAAUCGGUCCACCAUUGUGAGGCUGUAACUGUAGCCUUCGGAAAUGGUGAGAGGACCUAUAAUGUCAAUGUGGAUAUGUUCAAAUUGUUGGUUAGGGGUACAAAUGCACCCAAUAGUGCCUUAACAUGUCACAAAAUUUGAUUUCUUUGACAUACGAUGCAGCUCUUGACAAAUGCUUUACAAUCCAUAUGCAGUUUGGGCCAUAUGAAACUUUGCUGGAUUAACUUAGUGAUGCCUCGAAACUCCCGGACGUACUAGGCCGUUUUGUGGUACAAACGGUCAUAGUCAUGUUCUGGAAAUGUCACAAUACAGUCUGGCUUCACCACAGCUACUACUUUUUAAAUGUUUUUGAAAAGUAUCAAACAACAUGUGUAGACCCACUAAAAAAACACAAAAAGCCCAUCAAAAAAUCACUGAGAAGUGUAGGCUUGGAUCUUGCUAAACAAUUACUGACAAAAAAUAUUAGCAUAAAACCUGGACAAAAGCUUUGGUCAACAUGCCGUAACUUUUGUGAGGAAAAAUUAAGAGUUGAAGUCAAUGAAAGUGAAACAGAUGAUGAAGUCAUGGUUGAAUUAGAAUCAUUGGAAUCCAGAAAUGAAUCCCUCGUACAAACAAACAUUGCUCUUGAUAAUUUAUGUUUAACACCGAUAAAGCUUCAUGGCUUGUCAGAACAAAGUAAAGGGUCUUAUUUUAAAAGGAAGGUUAGCAGUAUUGAAAAGACUGCAAAAAAGGCGGUUUCAGAAGCAUUAAAAUAUGAUGCACAAAGUUCUAAUGAUGACGAAGAAGAUAAAAGUGUGGUUGAGAAAGCAAAGGAUUUUGAUGUAAUGAUUUCUCUUAUGAAAGAGAAGAUUUCAUCCGUUGGGAGGUCUAGAAAAAUCCAGAUUCUGACAUUGGCUCCAGAUUCUUGGAGUCGAAAUAAAGUGAUGAAAGAAUUUAAUGUAAGUGAGUACAUGGUGCGACAAGCUAGAAAGCUAAAAUCUGAAAAGGGUAUUUUGGAAACUCCUGGUCCAAAAAAAGGUAAAACUCUUUCUGAAAAUACAGUAAGACUUGUAACAGAUUUUUAUGAAAAGGAUGAAAGUUCCAGAGUGCUACCUGGAACAAAAGACAAAGUGAGUGUUCAAAAAAAUGUGUACAUGCAAAAAAGACUCAUUUUGUGUAACUUGAGAGAACUCUAUUAUUCUUUCAAAUGGGAGAAUCCCGAGGUAGAAGUAGGAUUUUCAAAAUUUUGUUUAUUGAGACCUAAUUGGUGUAUCCUUGCUGGUGUUGCAGGCACACACACUGUAUGUGUAUGCAGUAUCCACCAGAAUGUUAAACUAUUACUGGAUGCUGUGAAAAUUGAAGAAUCUUAUAAAGACCUAAUUAAGAGGCUUGUGUGCAACACGGAAAACCAAAACUGCAUGCUACAUCGUUGCAACAGCUGUCCUGCAAAUACUGCACUAACUGAGUACUUAACUGAAAAACUAAGUGAAGAUUAUGAUUUAGAAGAAGAAAUUGUAAUCAGUCAGUGGGUUAAUGCAGGCAGGGCAGAAAUGAUCAAACAGUCUAUCAGUGUUGAAGACUACAUUUCUUUAUUGGUUAGGUCAUUGGAAAAGCUCACCCUGCACUCGUUUAUAGCAAAAUCCCAAUCAGCAGCCUUUAAAAGAUUGACAGAAGAUCCACCACCCAAAACAGCAAUUAUUGUGAUGGAUUUCAGUGAAAAUUAUUCCUUUGUUAUACAGUUAUACAAAAUGAGAUCCAAAGUUACCACUGGAAUAGAGGUGGUUGUACUCUACACCCAGUUGGAGUUUUUCUAAGAAAUGAGGAAAACAAUGUUUUUGUUUCCAACCACUGUUUUAUUAGUGAUGACCAAGAACAUGACACUGGUUUUGUUAACUUUGUACAAAAAGAAAUUACAAAGUGGCUGUCAUUACAUCAUACUGACAUUGACUCAGUUCACUACUUUACAGAUGGUUGUGCUGGGCAGUACAAAAACAGAAACAGUUUUAAAAAUUUGACUGAACACUUGAGAGACUUUAAUUUGAAGGCCCAACACUCUUUUUUUUGCAACAAGUCAUGGGAAGUCAAUUUGUGAUGGCCUAGGAGGAACUAUUAAAAGAAUUUUAAGGAAAGCCAGUCUACAGCUUUCAGACAAAGAACAAAUAAUGACAGCAAUCAAUGUGUAUAAGUUUUGUGAAAAAAAUAUUGAAAACAUUCAUUUUCACUUUAUUGACAAAAAAGAAGCUGAUUUGCUACGGUUAAAACUAGAAAAACGUUUUUCAGCAACCCGAACCAUUCCUGGAACUAGAAGUUUUCAUAACUUCAAACCACUUCCAACAAACAACCUUGAAAUUAGAAGGACUACAGAUAGUGUAAAACCCUCCUUAGUCUUUUCUUUCCAUUCUUCUUCUGAUUGGGUUCGUGUUGAACCAUCCAUAAAUUGCUAUGUGGCUGCAAAUUAUGAUGGUAACUGGUACUUUGGACUG